UAAUCGUACCGAGGCUCUCAUAUACUCACUCGAAAUCUCUGUAACUCUGUAACUUUCCACCGAAAUAUUCACUUCUUUUCGACGUAGUUACACGGCGAUCACUCACGAUGGCCGGCACUCAAGGGGGAAGUUUUCCCAUCCUCUCAUACCAACCUAUAAGAAUCUUUUAUCAGAUCUUCGGCGCCCUCUUCAUCCUCUUCCCCUGCUUGCCGGUAUGGGCCAUCAAGGCCUUGAUUCCAUCCUGCCGGCCUCAUCCGAAAUGGGGCUUCAAGCAGGCCCUCAUGGCGCGCUUGACGCGAAGCAUCGUUGAUCUCUACUCAAACGUGGGCAUCACCGAAACGCAUACCCUCAAGCCAGGCAAGGAGGGCGACCGCUUCCAGACCGCCGACCCCUUCCCUUCAGAUCUCUACCUCGGCCCUCUGGCCUCGAACCCUGACGUUAAGCCCACCACCGUGGGGGGUACCUGGUUCCCAGCCAAGCCCGAUGUCGAGAAGGGCUUUGAAGGCAACGUGGUUCUGCAGAUUCACGGCGGCGCCUUUGUGCUGGGUGACGGCCGCACGGGAUACUGCGGCUUCAUGGCAAACACGCUCAUCGAGAAGGCCGGCGCUGGCGCCGUCUUUGCGCCUCAGUACCGGCUGUCUGGCUACGGCAGUGGCGCCGAAAAGGCUGAGAACCCCUUUCCCGCUGCCCUGCAAGACGUUCUCACCAGCUACCUCUAUCUAACACGGACCCUCAACAUCCCGUCCAACCGUAUCGUGCUCUGCGGCGACAGCGCGGGCGGCAACCUCGUGAUCGCGCUGCUGCGUUACCUCGACACCUACGGACCGGACCUCGGCCUCGCCAUUCCCAGCUGCGCGGUGCUCAUCGCCCCCUGGGUCAACCCCUUGGCCAGUCUCGGACCGGAUUCAGUGUACAAGCAACACGAGCACUGGAGCACCGACUAUCUCCCCGUUUCAUUCCUGCGCUGGGGCGCAAAGGUGUACUCGGCCGGAGUUUCUGAUGAGAACGUGCCUUACGUGACGCCUCUCGGUAAUGCUUGGGGAACCAAGGUGCCUGUCUUCGUGUCCAUGGGUGAGGCUGAGAUCCUAGAGACGGACGGUACUGCGUGGUGCCGGCAGAUGCAGGAGGCGGACAGCACCGUCAAGGUGUCUUAUGAGGAGCACGCUGUUCAUGAUACACUGUUGAUGGGCGCCAUCAUCGGCUGGACUGAGAGCGCCCAGGCUGUGGCGACGAGAAUCGGAGAGUUCUUGAGAGAGGUGCAGAGUGGGAAGGUGUCUCAGGGGGCGGACGAUGCUUGAAGAUGAAGGACGUAGUAAUAUGUAGAC